GCGCGAGGCCCGGACAUGGGGCCCGCCAGCCCCGCCGCCGCUCGCGGUCAGGGCCGCCGCCACCGGGGCCAGCCGCUCUGGCUGCUGCCACUGUCGCUGCUGCUGCUCCUGCGCGCGCAGCUCGCCGUCGGGAGCCUGGCUGGUGGGAACCCCAGCGCGGCCGAGGCUCCCGGGUCGGCCCAAGUGGCUGGAUUAUGUGGGCGUCUAACCCUUCACCGGGACCUGCGCACAGGUCGCUGGGAACCAGACCCACAGCGGUCACGGCGCUGUCUUCUGGACCCGCAGCGGGUGCUGGAGUACUGCAGACAGAUGUACCCAGAACUGCACAUAGCUCGUGUGGAGCAGGCUGCGCAGGCCAUCCCAAUGGAGCGCUGGUGUGGGGGUACCCGAAGCGGCAGAUGCGCCCACCCCCACCACGAGGUUGUGCCCUUCCAUUGCCUGCCCGGUGAGUUCGUGAGUGAAGCCCUGCUGGUGCCCGAAGGCUGUCGGUUCUUGCACCAGGAGCGAAUGGACCAGUGUGUGAGCUCAGCCAAGAGGCAUCAGGAGGCCCAGGAGGCCUGCAGCUCCCAGGGCCUCACCCUGCACGGCUCUGGCAUGCUUCUGCCCUGUGGCUCGGACCGCUUCCGGGGUGUGGAGUACGUAUGCUGCCCUUCUCCAGCGACUCCCAACCCGUCUGGGAUGGCGGUUGGUGACCCCUCUACCCGGUCCUGGCCCCCGGGGCACAGAGCAGAGGGAGGAGAGGAUGAGGAAGAGGUGGACCCCUUCCCUCAGCCGGUAGAUGAUUACUUCGUGGAGCCCCCUCAGGCUGAAGAAGAAGAAGAAGAGGAGGGAGGAGAGGAGGAGGAGGAAGAAAAGUCCCCACCUCCCAGCUCCCCCACGCCUGUCGUGAUCAGCAGAGUCACCCCCACCCCAAGGCCCACUGAUGGCGUGGAUGUUUACUUUGGCAUGCCUGGGGAAGUCAGCGAGCACGAGGGGUUCCUGAGGGCCAAGAUGGAUCUGGAGGAGCGGAGGAUGCGCCAGAUUAAUGAGGUGAUGAGGGAAUGGGCCAUGGCUGACAACCAGUCCAAGAACCUGCCAAAAGCCGACAGGCGGGCCCUGAAUGAGCACUUCCAGUCCAUCCUGCAGACCCUGGAGGAGCAGGUGUUGGGUGAGCGACAGCGUCUGGUAGAGACGCAUGCCACCAGAGUCAUCGCCAUGAUUAACGACCAGCGCAGAGCUGCCCUGGAAGGUUUCCUGGCAGCGUUGCAGGGCGAUCCACCUCAGGCCGAUCGAGUUCUGAUGGCCCUGAGACGCUACCUGCGUGCAGAGCAGAAGGAACAAAGGCACACUCUGAGGCACUACCAGCACGUGGCCGCCGUGGACCCCGAGAAGGCCCAGCAGAUGCGCUUUCAGGUGCAGACCCAUCUUCAGGUGAUUGAAGAGCGAAUGAACCAGAGCCUGGCGCUGCUGGACCAGAACCCCCACCUGGCUCAGGAGCUGCGGCCCCAGAUCCAGGAGCUUCUCCACUCUGAACAUUUGGGGCCCAGUGAACUGGAAGGUUCCAUGCCUGGGAGCAGCAGCGAGGACAAAGGUGGCCUUCAGACUCCGGAGUCCAAAGACGCAGACACCCCCGUGACCCUUCCGAAAGGGUCCACAGAUCAAGAGCCCCCCUCCUCUGGGAGAGAGACGCUAACCCCACUGGAACAACAUGAACCAAAGGCGAAUGCGUCUGUCCCAAGGGGCUUUCCAUUCCACUCCUCAGAUAUCCAGAGGGAUGAGCUGGCACCAGCUGGCACUGGAGUGUCCCGAGAGGCAGUGUCCGGCCUGCUGAUCAUGGGCGCAGGAGGGGGGUCCCUCAUUGUCCUGUCCCUGCUGCUUCUGCGCAAGAAGAAACCCUAUGGGACUAUCAGCCAUGGGGUGGUGGAGGUGGACCCCAUGCUGACCCUAGAGGAGCAGCAGCUCCGGGAACUCCAGAGACAUGGCUAUGAGAACCCCACCUACCGCUUCCUGGAGGAACGACCCUGACCCCCACCACCCCUGGCUGCCUUCAGCUGAGCCCGGACUGCCCCUCUUCCAGGCC